AUGGACCCUCAGACACAAAUAAUAAUUGAGAAAAUGAAUGAAAUGAGAUUGGAAUUUAAACAGCGUAACGAUGAAUUGGCGGCGAAAUUAACGGAGAAUUUCUCUUGGACCAUUGAAGAGAAAUUAAAACCUAUUGUCGAGGAAAACAUCGAACUAAAAAAGCAAGUCGCAACGUUGCAAUCAAAAGUUGAGAACUUAGAAAAAGAGACAAGAAAAAAUAAUAUUAUUAUCCAUGGAGUAAAAGAAAACGAGACAAAUUUCGCAGACUUGAGAAGUAAAAUCACUAGCAUCCUGAACGAACUCAGCAAAAAGUCGGAUAUGCGAGAAUGGGAUGAAUGGGAGAUAAGCGACCUUCGAAGAUUGGGGAAGAGAGAUGUGAGCAAAACGAGGCCGAUUCUGAUAACACUUACACUCGUAUGGCGAAAACUCGAGAUACUUAAGAAUAAUAAGAACCUUCCGACUGGUAUCUAUGCAACUCAAGACUACCCCAAAGAAAUCCUGAUAAAAAGAAACGAACUGAAAGUUAAGAAAAGACAAGAGGAAUUGAAUGGGAACGUAGCCUAUAUCCGCUAUGACAAGCUUAUAAUUAAACCUAAUAAUAUAAUUAAACCAACUGAUACAACGAAAGAAAGUGAAAAAAGGAAGAGAAUGCCGACUGACUCACCCACUCAAGACUAUCACGAGAAGAUAACCGCACCAUCCAAGGUUAACAAAAUAAGCACACUAGGGAUCUCAACUCGCCCAAGAACCAACUCGACCUCAGGAUCAAGCAAACAAUGACAACCUCUGCACAUCAGGAACCGGAAGCCACCAAACAACAAAAACGAAAACUCAAAAUAUAACAACCUAAACAAUUCCCCAAGCCGGAAAGCGGUCUCCGUGGGGACUAAAGACCGCAACCCUCUAACUAAACAGAAAGAAAAAGCAACAUACAACAGAAAUAUUUAUAUAGCUACAAUAAACACACUUACCUUAAGAACUGAAGAAAGAAUAUUAGAACUUGAAAAUGCACUUGAAAACAUUAAAUGGGACAUUAUUGGACUUUCCGAAGUAAGAAGACUUGGCGACACCAUUGAAGAACACAACAAAUAUAUUCUUUACUACAAAGGAGAAACCAAAGGUCUCUACGGAGUAGGAUUCAUGGUCAAACCAGAACUUAAGAAAAAUAUUAUUGAAUUCAGAGGGGUCUCAGAAAGAAUAGCAAUACUUAACAUAAAGCUACCUGGCUUCAGCAAAAAUUGGUCAAUAGUACAGGCUUAUGCACCGACAGAAUCUUCAGAUGAAAAAUCUAAAGAUGACUUCUAUUCGAAGCUCAGCGAGACCCUGGAAACUUGCUACAAAAAUACAAUUGUCAUGGGGGAUUUCAAUGGAAAGAUUGGCAAACAAAACCAAGGUGAAGAGACUGUAGUGGGGAAAUACGGAACAGGCAAAAGGAACAGCAACGGAGAGAGACUGAUAAGCAUGGCUUUAGAACAUAAAUUAAAGAUUAUGAACACCUAUUUUCUGAAAAAAACAACAAAAAAGUGGACCUGGAUCUCGCCGGAUGGUCUCUAUUGCAAUGAAAUAGACUACAUCUUAAGUAACCAACCUAAAAUCUUCCAUGAUGUCGAUACAGUCAAAAAGCUAAAUUUCUAUACCAAUCAUCGCAUGGUACGAGCAGUACUAAUUGGUGGUGAUAAAAAGAAAUGCAGGAGAAAUUACAGAAAGUUCGAUUGCCACCAGCCCCUAUACAACUAUACACAACAAAACAGAAGAAAUACGGAAAACAACAUAAAUAAAACUCAAGAACUUUAUGACAAGGAAAUGUGCAACAUGUAUAGUAAUAAUUUAACAUCAAAACUAAUGAACAAAAAACAAGAUAUAUUCAGCAUAAACACCAUAGAAUUAAUACAGAAGAGAAAAGCUUUGUUUAUGAACAAGAAAGAUAAAACCACCCUAAAUGAAAUAACAAAAAUAAGUAAGGAAAUAAGCAAGAAUAUUAAAAAGGACAGAACUAGGAAGACAAUGGCAUCCAUUAACAACCAUAUAACCAAGACUGGGGGGAUUAAAAAAGCCCUCAAAGAACUCACAGACUCUAAAACAUGGAUACCUAAAUUAAAAAACAUAAAACAAACACUUGAAACUGAAAGAGGAAGCAUUUUAGAUAUAGCUACAAACUUUUACAAGGCCCUGUAUUCAAGUAAAACUUUAGAAUCAUCAGAGAAAACAGCCAAAGAUAGCAUAAGCUCUCUAGAUGAUAAUGAGGAGAAUAUUCCCCCCAUAUUAGAAAUGGAAGUGUCUCAUGCAGUAAGAUCACAGAGGAAUGAUAAAUCACCAGGACAAGACAAUAUCACAAAUGAAAUGAUGAAAAUUACUCUACCAGAGAACCUCCAUAAACUUACCCACCUGUAUAAUGUGAUAAUGGAUUCUGAAUACAUCCCUCUUCAGUGGUCAAAUAGCACGAUCGUCCUAAUAUACAAAAAAGGCGACAAAGAAGAUAUAAACAACUACCGCCCUAUUAGCCUCAUGUCAAAUAUAUACAAAGUCUUUUCAAAAAUAAUUCUUAAUAGAAUCUGCAAAACCUUGGAAUUUCACCAACCCCCUGAACAAGCAGGAUUUAGAGCAGGAUAUUCAACCAUAGACCAUAUACACAGCCUAAAGCAAAUCAUAGAAAAAAGCCAAGAGUU